AUGUUGCUGUCACGUCUCAAAGCCCUUUCCCUACUGGCCUUGGCCUGGCUCGACGGAGCCAAUGCCAGGGCCGUUGGGACCGGGACCGAUUUGAAGCUCCUCAAUGGGAGACAGCAAGAUAUUGUGACUUGGGACGACAAAACCUUGUUCAUCAAUGGCGAGAGAUUGAUGAUCUUCAGUGCCGAGUUCCAUGCCUUCAGAAUGCCGGUCCCGUCCCUAUGGCUCGAUAUUCUUCAGAAAAUCAAGGCAGCUGGCUACAACUCCGUCUCUUUCUACGUCAAUUGGGGACUAUUAGAGGCGAAACCGGGCGAAGUUCGCGCCGAGGGCAUCUUCGCACUCGAGCCACUCUUCGAGGCAGCCGAGAAGGCUGGACUCUACCUCUUUGCUCGACCGGGACCGUACAUCAAUGCUGAAGUCACCGGAGGAGGUUUCCCUGGUUGGCUCCAGAGAGUCCAAGGAGCUCUCAGGACUGGCGAUGAAGCCUACCUGAAGGCGACUGACAAUUACACCGCCACCCUUGGGAGCAUCAUCGCCAAAGCUCAAAUCACAAAUGGAGGACCCGUCGUCCUCUUCCAAAUGGAGAACGAGUACAACGCUGCCGUCGACCCGUACCCCUUCCCCGACUACGACUACUGGAAGUACGUCGACAAUCAGUUCCGCAGUCACGGCGUCGUCGUGCCGUACGUCAACAAUGAGGCCUGGCAGCUUGGUGCCAUCACUGCGCUCACGCCCGCCAAGGUUGAUAUCUACGGGCACGAUGGGUACCCGCUGGGUUUCGACUGCUGGAACCCUACGGUUUGGCCUGAAAAUGGCCUGCCCACUGAUUGGCUUGCAACGAAUAAUGCUAUCGCACCGACGACCCCGUAUACUAUCGUAGAGUUCCAAGGCGGUGGCUUCCAGCCCUGGGGAGGUGCAGGAUUCGAGUAUUGUGCGGCCCUCCUUAACCAUGAAUUCGAGCGCGUCCUGUACAAGAACAACUACGCCGUCGGAGUCACAAUCUUCAACAUCUACAUGACUUGGGGCGGCACGAACUGGGGUAACCUCGGACACUCCGACGGCUAUACCUCGUACGAUUACGGUGCGCAGAUUACCGAGGAGCGUCUAGUCAACCGUGAGAAGUACAGCGAGACAAAGCUUCAGUCCAAUUUCCUCCACGUCUCUCCUGCCUACCUCGUGGCCGAUCGAUUCAACGCCUCGCUUGAAUGGACUAACAACGACGCAAUCACCGUCACUCCGGCAACAACUAACACCACCAAGUUCUACAUCGCUAGGCACACAAAGUACGAAUCUCUUGAGACAACAGCCUACAAGCUGAAGGUGAAGACUGUCGAGUACGGUGAACUAGAAGUUCCCCAGCUCAGCGAUAGCCUGUACUUGACCAGACGCGAUUCAAAGAUCCAUGUUAGCGACUAUCCUGUCGGCGACAAGAAGCUGGUAUACUCCACAGCUGAGAUCUUCACCUGGAAGAAGUAUGCCGACAAGACCGUGCUAGUCGUCUACGGAGGUGCUGAUGAGCACCACGAGCUGGCCAUUGAGGGCGAGCAAGCCGAUGUCACCGAUGAAAACGUCAUUGAGGGCUCAGAUGUCACUAUUGAGCAAAAGGACGGCUACACUGUCCUGGGUUGGGCUGUCUCGGACGAGCGCAAGGUCAUCCGCGUGCACGAGAAUCUCUAUGUUUACCUUCUUACUCGCAACGAGGCUUACAAAUUCUGGGUGCCUCCCGCUGUCGGCGACUUCGGCACCUCUGAUGUCAUCGUCAAAGCUGGAUACCUCGUCCGCAAUGUUGCCGUCAACGGGGACUCCAUCAGCUUCUCUGGUGACGUCAACAGCACAACCACCAUUGAGAUUAUCGGUGGCGCUCCCUCAUCUCUCAAGACUCUGAACUUCAACGGUAAAUCUCUCGACUUCAAGCAAAACGAUCACGGAGCUGUGACUGCCAAGGUUGAGUUCUCAACUCCUGAGAUCAGGCUUCCGUGCAUCAGCCAGCUCAGCUGGAAGUAUGUCGACAGCCUACCAGAGAUCAAAUCGGACUACUCUGACGAGUUGUGGACGGCCGCGGACCUCGAGAAGACGUACAAUACCGCGAACCACCUGAAGACACCCACCAGUCUGUACGGAGGAGACUACGGGUACCACACCGGCUCGCUUCUCUACCGCGGUCGCUUCACUGCAAACGGUGAAGAGUCGACUUUCAACAUCACCACCCAGGGAGGCAAUGCCUACGGUGCUUCAGUGUGGCUGAAUGACGAGUUCAUCGGGUCCUGGUUCGGAAACGCUGUGUCGCCCGCCUACAACAGCACGUUCACCCUGCCCAAGUUGACCAAAGACAAAGACUACAUCUUUACGGUCGUGAUUGAUCACAUGGGUUUGAACGGCAACUGGGUCGUUGGCGAAGAACAGCAAAAGAACCCCCGCGGCAUUCUCAACUACAACCUCGUUGGCCACGAGCAAUCCGACAUUAAGUGGAAGAUUACCGGAAACUUGGGCGGCGAGGAUUACGCCGACGAAGAACGCGGCCCUCUCAACGAGGGUGGUCUCUUCAUCGAGCGACAGGGCUACCACUGGCCCCAACCUCCGUCGGUGUCUUGGGAAGACAGCAAGGGUCCCUCCGCGGGAGUCGAAAAGGCCGGGAUUGCCUACUACUCUGCGACCUUUAACCUCGACCUCCCCACUGGCUUCGAUAUUCCGCUGUCUCUGACAUUCGCCAACACCACCACUACUGCCUACCGCACUCAAAUCUUUGUAAACGGUUACCAAUUUGGCAAGUUCGUGCAUCAUGUCGGCCCCCAGGCUCGCUUCCCUAUUCCCGAGGGUAUUCUCAACUACCAGGGAUCUAACCACCUGGGCAUCACGCUCUGGGCCAUGGAGAAGGGCGGCGCCAAGGUCGAGGGGCUCAAGUGGGAAGUUGGCAUGGUCAGCGCAACUGGUUUCGGGAAGGUGACGCCUGCACCGCAGCCGAAGUGGACGGCAAGAAAAGGAGCUUACUGA